AUGACCGUAAUCGCCCGCGACGAUAUCAUUGAAGUCGCCGUGACGCUCGUGGACAAAUUAGUCGAGGAAUACUUUAUUGGUGUCAGGAUCGAAGUUGCAGGUAUAUUGGAUGAAGUCAUGCUUGAAGAAGUACUGGUUGAUAAGACGCUUGAAGACCAACCCAUCGAAGAAAUUGACGUGCUGGGUGUGGGGAUUGAAUUUGCAGAUAUAGUGCCUGAAGCGGUCAUGCUCAAGGAGACUGUGGUUGAAGUCAUUGACGUUAAAGUAAUUGAUGAGAUCAGUGAAGAAGUCAUCGUGACCGUGGAAGUGGGGAUCGAACCAUCUGGGGGAUUCAGCGUAGAUGUGAUCGCAGUGGUGGUUGAAGCCGUCGUGAUUGAAGAAGCUGUGCAGUUUCCCCAGGAACAGUGA